UCCACCUCAGGAGCAGCCGAGGAAAUGUAAACUGCACUGAGCUUAGAAAGCUUUGCAGCUUAACCGAGUUCUACUUUAACAGCUAUCUUUUGCUGGAUCACUGUAUGGUCACUGGAAAUGAUUAAUUGAUAAUGAAGUGGUUGAUGUUGAUGCAUUUAUUUGGAACGGACUGUGCCAUAAGCUGCUGCUUGCAGUGAAAGUGAAUGAUAUUAAAGCUAAGGAGAGCACUACAUCUGAAUCCUUUCUGCAUUUGGGAGAUGCUGAAGGACCAAUCACAUCACACCUAAUUGCUCACUUCAAGGUCACCACUCUAUAAAUGGAGCAGCAGAUGAUAACAUUAUCCAGUUAACCUGAUGACCUGGUCAAGUGCUGUGGAAGCUGCAGUGAAAGAUUAAAAAUGCAGUUUAAGGCAACAUUCCAAAUUCAUCCUCGUGUGUUUCUAUUCACAUCACUUCACCUGAAAGUGCUGACUGGCAUUUAAGUGACAACGAUAGACUUCAGACUUUACUGCUAACUGGGCACAUUUUCUCCCCAUGGCCUGCCUACUGGUGGGGGCUCUCCUUCUGGUAGCCCAAUCAAGCUCGGUGCAACCUGGAAGUUCUCAGUGGAAAGAAGGAACACUGCUUCAGUCACUAAGAUACCAUGGUGGACUGGAAGGAAAUGAAACUGAAUAUAAGUCACCACAGCCACAAAAUUCCAUUACAAGCCAAAUGAUUCCACAAACCAUAAUUAUAGGUGUUCGCAAGGGAGGAACGAGGGCUCUUCUGGAGAUGUUGGACAUUCAUCCAGAUAUUGUGGUUGCUGCCACUGAAGUCCACUUUUUUGAUUGGGAUGAAAACUAUGUAAAAGGUUUAGAAUGGUACAGGAAGCUGAUGCCUUUCUCUUAUCCACACCAAACCACAAUAGAGAAAACCCCAGGCUAUUUCACAUCUAUUAAGGCUCCAAAAAGGAUCCAUGAUAUGAACAGUUCUACCAAGUUGCUGUUGAUUCUGAGAGACCCGACAGAGAGAGUGAUAUCAGACUACACUCAAGUCUACUACAAUCGGCUGGAAAACCACAAGCCUGUGCAACCCAUCGAAGAAAUGGUCAUUAAAAAUGGAGAACUCAAUACUAAAUACAAGGCCAUUCAAAGAAGUCUAUAUGACAUUCACAUGGGUAACUGGCUAAGAUAUUUCCCACUGAACCAAAUACAUAUAGUUGACGGUGGUGCUCUUAUAAAGGAUCCACUGGAAGAAUUGCAGAAAGUUGAAAUAUUUCUUAACAUUCCUGCUAAGAUAAUGACAUCAAAUUUCUACUUUAAUCAAACCAAGGGUUUCUAUUGUCUUCGAAGCGAUGGCAAAGAAAGAUGUUUACAUGAAUCCAAGGGCCGCCCCCAUCCAGUUGUGAAUAGUACUGUACUGAAGGAGCUACAUGCUUACUUUAGAGAACACAACGAGAGGUUUUUCAGGAUGGUCAAACAGUCCUUCGAUUGGCAUUAAAACAUGUGGAAGAUGAAAGUUAAUUCAGCUCGGGUUAAAGCAAUCAAAACCGUUUUGUGAUUUUGUAAUGACGUCCUUUUUAAUUCAUGGAAAAAUUAAAGAAACUUGUGAUUUUCUGCCAUAGUAGAUGAGCUGGGCAACAAAUCUCCACACAAAUGCUGAACAUCAACAGCGAUGUGAUAUUGGAGUGAGCAAACCUAAGACUACUCAUGUAAAGAAAAAGAGAGACCUAUUCAGUGAUGAAAUAUUCCUUGAUGGAAAUAGGAGACAAUAAUAUGCAAUAUAUUUCAUAGAUAAUGAUGCUACUGGUUUGUCCCUAUCGUAUGGAUAUAGAUGAGAAAUAUUGACAGCUCAUGUCAACUAUUCUUUGCUUAAUUGGCUAAUAACUUUUUAUGUUCUGCUGAUUGUUGUUUGCCUAACCAGAAGGCCUAAAAUUGCAUAUCCGUUUUACAUAGAAUAUGUAAAUGAACAUGACCGACCUUCUCAAAUAAAGGUAUUUUGCAUGUUUGAAGAUGCAUGAUAUUGUUUCUAUUUAAAAUAUUCAAAUGUAAUAUUUCAGACAGAAAAGUGACAAAUGGUUGUGAUACUAUAUUCAACAUAUUCAUGAUAUAUUGUAAACUGUUCAAUAAUAUUAUGAUUUGUGAUCUUAUUACUCAUAAUUGCUUUAAACUAUCAAAGCUCCAAUGUAUAUCUUUUUCUCUGCUUUCA